AAACAACUUUUAAAUGAUAUAAUAAUUAUAAAUUCAAAUUUUUAAUAUAGUGUCCGGUGAAGUAAAAAGUGGCCAAUUGUUGGCAAUAAUGGGCGCCAGUGGCGCCGGAAAGACAACGCUAUUGAAUGUAUUGACGGCCAGAAACCUAUCGAAACUGUCGGUGAAAGGAGUGGUGCUAUUGAAUGGACAGGCGGUCAGUGCCGGGAAUAUGGUCUCCCAGUCGUCAUACAUAGAACAACACGAUUUGUUUCAUUCCUUGCUUACAGUUAGAGAACAUCUCGUUUUUCAAUCAUUGUUACGGAUGGAUACGAGUUUCACUCGAGACCAAAAAAGCGCUUUAGUGGACCAAUUGCUCAUAAAAUUUAAUUUAAGCAAAUGUAUGGACACUCAAAUUGGGGGCGAUUUUGAGUUUAAAGGCAUUUCUGGG